AUGUCGCUCACAAUCUACGAGUCGGACCUGGCCGCGCCAUUCCUCCCCCAGAUCUCAAUCUUCGACUAUGUCCUUCCUGGCCAGCCUGGUGUUUCGCCACUCCAGGCGUUCGACCAGUCCCUUCCAGCCUUUAUUGAUGGGAGGGACGGCCGGACCCUCACACGCGCCGGGUUGCGCGACGCCGCCCUCCGUCUCGCUGGCGGCCUCAAGGCACUAGGGCUGAAACGCGGAGAUGUGGCGGGUCUCUGGGGAUUCAACUCGCUCGAAUGGGUUAAUGCCGCUUAUGGGUGUCUGGCGGCUGGCGUGGUCGUCAGCCCCGCCAACUAUGCCUACGCCCCUGCCGAAGUGGCUCACCAGCUCAACGACUCGGGCGCAUCCCUUGUCUUUGUCGACCCUGCCCUCUUAUCCAACUUUGAGGCCUCGCGUCAACACCUCAAGCGGCCCCUCUCCCCCUCGCGUGUCAUCCUCCUCUGCACUGUCAACCACAAGCCAAAGGGCACACCAUACAAGUGUCUCCCCGAGAUCCUCGCUGCCCCAGUCGAACCGGAACACUUUGACGGCACGGCUUGCAACGAGACGGCAUGGAUGUCGUAUUCAUCCGGCACAACUGGCCUGCCAAAGGGCGUCAUGACGACCCACUACAACUUUACCAGCCAGCUUCAAGCCGCCAACACGAGCUACCACCUCGACAGUGGGCCAAACGGCGACGUCGUGCUGGGCUUCUUGCCUAUGAGUCACAUAUACGGUCUUACCGUCUCGCUCCUCCAGCCCUUGACCUUUGGGGCGCCCGUCAUUGUGCUUCCUCGAUAUGAUGAGAUUCCUGUCCUCGAGGCAAUCCAAAAGUACAAGGUCACGCACGGGCUGCUGGUCCCGCCUCUGAUCCUCAAGUUCCUCUACUCGCCCAAUACGUCCAAGUACGACAUCAGCUCUAUGCGGACAAUCAUGAGUGGUGGCGCACCGCUCUCGCCUGAACUCGCUGCAGCGUUUGAGAAAAAGUUCCCCGGAUGCGUCUCGAUCCAGGGUUACGGUAUGACCGAGACCACACCGGGGAUUACGGCGAUGAACAGGACCGACGUGCUCGGCGGCGAUCGACAAGGUUGGGUCGGAUACCUCUUGCCCACUUACCAGGCGCGCCUGGUGCGUGCUGAUGGGACGGACGCACCGCGCGGUCAGCCAGGUGAGAUGUGGGUUCGUUCGCCAAGCGUCAUGAAGGGAUACCACAACAAUCCCAAGGCAACCGCCGAUACCAUGGCCCUCGGAGGAUGGUUCAAGACGGGCGACGUGCUCAUCCGCGAUGACAAGGGAUGGUACAAGGUCGUUGAUCGGGUCAAGGAACUCAUCAAGUACAAGGGCUUCCAGGUUGCCCCUGCCGAGCUCGAGGCACUCCUCCUCACCCACCCAAAGCUUGUCGACGCCGGCGUCGUCGGCGUGUAUGAUGAGGCCCAGGUCACCGAGAUGCCGCGCGCCUAUGUUGUGGCCGCCGACGGUAUCGCUGCGGCUGAGCAUGCCGCGCUCGCAAAGGAAGUGCAGGCGUGGGUUGCAGCGCGCGUUGCCCAGCACAAGAAGCUCCGUGGCGGGGUUCUCAUUGUCGAGGCCAUUCCCAAGUCGCCGAGCGGCAAGAUCCUCCGCAAGGACCUCCGGAAGCGAGCGCAGGCAGAGUACGAGGGCAAGCCCGCGGCGCGGUUGUAG